UUCCUCAAUUUCAUCACACCAAACCUUCUCACUCUCCACAUUGACAAAGAUACCCAUUUGCUUCUCUUAGCUUCUUUUUUUUUAUCCCUUCUUCAUCAUGGGGCUUUUAGUAAUAUCUGCUCUCCUGCUGCAUGUCCUAGUGUUUUCAACCUGUGUUCAAGGCUUCUACCGUCGUGGCGGCCACCAUCCUGGCGGCCAUGGAGGACCGUGGAUCAACGCUCAUGCUACUUUCUACGGCGGUGGUGAUGCUUCCGGCACCAUGGGUGGAGCAUGCGGGUACGGGAAUCUGUACAGCCAAGGUUACGGAACAGAGACGGCUGCGUUGAGCACCGCGUUAUUUGAUAACGGACUUAGCUGUGGUGCCUGUUUCGAGCUGAAGUGUGUCAACGAUCCUCAGUGGUGCAUACAAGGCCGGUCCAUCGUGGUCACUGCCACUAACUUUUGUCCUCCUGGUGGCGCUUGCGAUCCUCCCAACCACCAUUUCGAUCUUUCUCAGCCCAUCUAUGAGCAUAUCGCUCUCUACAAGUCCGGUAUCAUUCCGGUUAUGUACAGAAGGGUUCGGUGCAAUAGAAGAGGCGGGAUAAGGUUCACGAUCAACGGUCACUCGUACUUUAACUUGGUGCUGGUCACAAACGUGGGUGGAGCCGGGGACGUACACUCUGUGUCGAUGAGAGGGUCAAGGUCAAAAUGGCAGUUAAUGUCAAGAAACUGGGGGCAAAAUUGGCAGAGCAACUCUUAUCUCAAUGGUCAAAGUCUGUCGUUUGUUGUCACCACAAGUGAUCGCCGAAGUGUCGUGUCGUACAAUGUUGCUCCUCCCAGUUGGUCCUUUGGCCAGACCUACACCGGAGGGCAGUUUCGGUACUAACUAGUUCUAUAAUAAUUAAGUGCUAUAUAUUGCUAGACCGGUUUGGUUUGCUUCGGUUAUUGUAAUUGCUUCUUCUUUUCUUUUCUUUUCUUUUCUUUUCGUAAUUUCCGGUUUCCAAGUUGGGGGCCUCUUUUUUGGGUAACCAAUUGAAAUUUGGACUGGUAGAUGUGUGUGAACGAGUGAAAGAAAGAGAUAAACCUCGUUUGUAAUAAGAAAAAUAAAAAUGAUAUCGUUAUUAAAAAA